AUGUAGAGGGGCCGCUUCCAAGAAUGGCUCUGGGGAGCUCUUCGGAGCUAGCUGAGAGCGGAUCGCGAAAGACGGCUAGCGACGAGCCUGGGCCCGGAACUACGGAGCGGGAAUAUGUGGACAGCGCAAUAAAUCAGACAAAUACGCCGCUAGCGCAGCCCACAGGACCGAGGCCGAGCCGAUUGACACAGCCCAGAACAAGCAAGUCGAGAGCUCUCGAACGACUCCUGGCCGAUCCAAAUCGGGUGCAGAGAAGCGGAGAUCGAGGCGAAAACAGGAAGGCGGAUCUUCCAAGUCAGAGCUCCCGAGGCGAAAGGACUGGCUCGCCUCUAACAUCCGUACCUGUGUUGCGUGGUGGGACGGAAAUCUAGUCGAUAUUCGAUGGCGCGCGCGAGACCCUCAUGUGCCCAUUUUCGGUGUGCAAUAAACGUCUACCCCCCUGUCUUGUCGUUCUCGCUACACUGGUGCCGUGACCAAUCGCGAUGGAGUUGACCCAGUUAGAGCAAUUUGCGGCCGGUGACGUGGAGGCGUGGCUCGAUGAGUUCGACGGAAUUGCGGCUUGCACGGAUGUGAGGGGGAUGCAAAUUUGCUAAUUGCUUUGGGCACACGGUUGGGUGGACGAG